AUGCAAUGGCGCGAGAAAUCUAGAAGUCAGACGCCUGCCCAACAAGCGGCAUCGGCUAGAUCAGAGACAUCACGGCCAACAACGCAUAGAAGAAGCCCAAUGGACAGAAAUCCACUGGUGACACCAAUCCCAACAACGGAAGAAGUGAUGCAAGAGCUCCAGGAUGUCACCAUCCGUUACAUCAACUGCCCCGACCCUGCAGAGAGUGCAGCAAGAAGACAAAGGGUUCAGAUCUCUGAGGAACAAGGUCUGAUGGAAGAGACGGCCGCAAAUAUAAUAGCAGCUGCGACAGAGUCAUACCACAGAACGCUCAACUUUGAACAAGAGGAAGAACUCGCGCUAGUGCUAAGGCAACAAUCUCCUCAGGAAAUCCCAGAACCACCGGAAGUACAAAAGAAAAGGAGAGGCAGACCACCUAAAUCCAAGAGAAACAGUCCAGCGGUGGGAAUCAGCCUCAGACAAAGAAGAUUAAACCACACUCAAAACUCACCCCACGUCAGAACAAAAACCACAAAGAAAACCAACAAUGUUCCAGAUAGAGCAUGGGGAGCAAGUCAACAGAAUACUAACCUGGCUGAUCCAAGAGAACCAGGCCCCAACAACAGAAGGACAACUUUGGAGACGAAUUUACCGGCUCUCCCGAGAGCUACGGGAAAUCUUCGUCCGAGGGAUCCAUCAAACAACACCAGAUCGGUGGAUUUUCACAAUCCACCAGAUCCUCUUCCUUAA